AUGCCCUCCCAGCGGCGCGUCAAAGCCUUCGGUCUCAUCGUCAUCCUCAUCGUCCUCCUAAUCCUCUACGUAUCCAGCUCAGCCCGCCAAACCCGCAACUCAGACUUCUACACCAAGACCUCCAGAGCGCUGGAAGCGCAACGAGCGCGAGAAGCAAAGGCGCAGCAAGACGCGGCCAGCGAUGCGGAGAUUGCGAAGAAGCUGAGGGAUGCAGAGGCCAGGGCGAAGAAGGAGGAGAGCCAGCGGCAUCAUGCGCCGGUGCAGGAGAUUGUGGGUCUCAAUGAGCCAAAGGAGAAGGAUGCGGUACACGGCCCCGUGAAGCCUGCUGGUGUGGCGAAGGUGGGGGAUGAGGAGGCGGGUGACCAUGAAAAAUCGGUUGCAGGUCGGGUGUCGUACACGGACAAGAAGGAUAAGGAUGAUGGGGUUGCGAAGGUGGGGAACAUUGGCGACGGGGUUGCGGGGCUAGGAGCGGAUAAGCCGAAGGAGAGCCACGGGGCGGAGAAGGAGCAGAAGGCGGAGACGGAGGAUGAUCAUGAGGUCGAGGUGGAGUUUAAUGCAAUAUUGAAGAGGAGUCCGAUCAUCAUCUUCUCGAAAACCUUCUGCCCCUUCUCGCGGAAGGCGAAGACCAUCCUCCUCGAGAAAUACAAGAUCACGCCAGCGCCGUACGUUGUGGAACUAGAUCAACACCCACUCGGACAGCGGCUGCAGCAUGCUCUCGCAAAGACCACCGGUCGGUCAACAGUACCGAACAUCCUGAUCAAUGGCAAGAGUAUAGGUGGCGGUGACGAUGUAGAAGAUUUACAUCAGAGAGGCAGAAUCAUUGAUACGGUGAAGAGCAUGGGUGGCAAGCGGAUCAUGGAAGCCAGAUUAUUCGAGGCAAGGAAGGAGCGGAGACUCCGAGCAUGA